GGUCCCGAAGAGGUUAAACCGUGUCCCGGUGGGCUGAAACCCCGGAGCUUCAUGGGAUGCCUUAUAAAGCGCGCUCCGCCGGCCCGGCAGCGGCUCCGGGAGCUCCCGGUACGUACGGAGCAGCCGCCGGUGCCCCGGAGCCGCCGCGCUAUGGAGCCUCCCGGUACGGCCGGGGCGCCGGGCGCGGCGGGGCGGCCCUGGGAAGAAGCCAAGGCUUUCUACGACAACCUCGCCCCCAAGAAGAAACCCAAAUCGCCAAAGCCUGAGAACGCCAUCACCAUCGCGGUGUCAUCGCGAGCGCUUUUCCGCAUGGAGGAGGAGCAGAAGAUUUACAACGAGCAAGGGGUGGAGGCCUACGUGAAAUACCAGCUGGACCAUGAGAACGAGCCCUUCCUCCCUGGGGCCGCCUUCCCCUUUGUCAAGGCGCUGGAAGCGGUGAACAUGCAGCUGCGUGAGCUCUACCCCGACAGCGAAGAGCUCUUUGACAUCGUCCUCAUGACCAACAACCAUGCCCAGGUUGGGGUUCGCUUGAUCAACAGCAUCAACCACUACGAUCUGUUCAUCGAGAGGUUCUGCAUGACGGGAGGGAACAGCCCCAUCUGUUACCUCAAGGCCUAUCACACCAACCUCUACCUCUCCUCUGACGCCGAGAAAGUGAGUGGGGCCAUUGAAGAGGGGAUCGCCGCAGCCACCAUCUUCAGCCCCAGCAAAGACCUGGAGGUGUCGGAGAACCAGCUGCGGGUGGCGUUUGAUGGUGACGCCGUGCUCUUCUCUGAUGAGUCGGAGCAGAUCGUGAAAGCUCACGGCUUGGACAUGUUCUUUGAGCAUGAAAAGGCUCACGAGAACAAGCCUCUGGCGCAGGGACCCUUGAAGGGCUUCCUGGAGGCCCUGGGGAAGCUGCAGAAGAAGUUCUAUUCCAAGGGGCUGAGGAUGGAGUGUCCCAUUCGCACCUACCUGGUCACUGCCAGGAGCGCGGCCAGCUCGGGAGCCCGGGCUUUAAAGACUCUGCGCAGCUGGGGCCUCGAGACGGAUGAGGCUUUGUUCCUGGCUGGGGCUCCCAAGGGGCCGCUGCUGAAGAAGAUCCGUCCUCACAUCUUCUUUGAUGACCAGAUGUUCCACGUGGAGGGAGCCAAGGAGUUGGGCACUGUCGCUGCCCACGUCCCCUACGGCGUCGCCCAGAAGCACAAGCGGCCGGCGCAGGAGAAGCAAACCCCGAACAGCAAGUAGAGGAGCUGGCUGGUCCCCCGGCGAGCGGCACAGACCUCACCCUGUGCGCCACGCUCUGACCUGGGUUGGGGUCUGCGUGGCAGAGAGCAUUUGCCCUGGCGAGCACGAGGUGGUUCCCCAGCAGGAGCCCUGUCGGGGGUGGGGGGCACGGAUGGAGGAGGGGGCUGAUGAAAGGCUUCCCUUCGCCUCUGACUUCAUUGCGAUGUUGUGGUGUUGUCCCGGUUCCCUCUGCACUUGCUUCAGGCAAAAUUCCUUGAGAAUGGAUCUCGCCUUUUGUGGACUGUUUUUGCCAGGCAGGUUUAACCUAUUGGCAUUUCUUUAAAACCCCAGGUAAUUCCCAAAGCCUUUGAUUUACAAAGCAAAUGUUCAGGCUGAACUGUUGAACUGGAAAGUUGGGAGCACACAAGAACCCUUCUUACAGCUUUGAAACAAAUUGUUGUUUCUUUUAACUAAAAUUAAACCAUAAUAUUGUUCCUUCACAGAUCCAGUCCCUGCUCCCCAACCAGAAAAUCUUUCAUGUCUUUGUCCUUUCACCAAAAUUUUGCCAGCUGAACAGCUUUCCUUUCAUGCACUGAGAUUUGGAAAAAUAGAACCAAACAGUAAUAUAUGUUAAAAAAAAAAAAAAAAUCCUAUUUCCUGCUUGGAGUUUUGGGCUUGUGUAUUGUUGGCCCAGGUUUUUAAAUUUGGGUUUCACAGUUGUAUGAGUUAGCACUUAAAAAUAAUAAUCUCAGUGAGGCAUCCAAAGCCCAGCUCUUGUGUGAGCCGUCCAGGGUCCGCAGACACAUGCCUAGGGCUUGAAUUAAGUUAAAAGCAGGCCCUAAUAUAUUAGGGGCAUCAUUUGAAGUCCAUUUAGCUAAAUCUGCAGAGAAUUUCAGCCUGGGGGUUUUAAUUAAAGGAUUUUUAUUUUUUUUUCCCCCUUUCUAGGCUGAGUCCAUAUAAGUUGGUAAUCUUUUUCUCCUCAGCUGCUUAAAAGCUCUGAUGUUUCCUAAAAUAGACACCUUGGCUAGUGAUGCUAUGAGAGAGAACCAAAUAUCUGAUUAAAAAACAGGAAGAGAAAUCAUUUGGAGAGCUGCUCCAAAAUGGGUGUGAAAAUCACACUGACAUUUCUGCACAAAGCCCUGUCCUAAAGGACACACUCAGGAGAAAAAUUUGAAGAUUACUUAUUUCUCGUGUUUUUUUUUUUAUUUUAUUUUAUGUAUUUAUUUAUUUUAGGCAGUACAGCCCGUGGUUGGGCACAAAGGAUGCCCAGUGUUAUCAGAUAAUAGUUUUCUACAAACACCAACUCCAUGGGCUGAAGUUUUGAGGUAUGUGUCUGCUUCUGGCUUAAUGCUGCAGGGAGGUUUCAGCUAAAACAGCUCAGCCCUUCCCGACAGUAAGACUAGAGCCUGAGUUAUUGCACUUUUGACGAAUAUAUAAACAUGCUAGUGAUGCCUUCAGUGGCUCAGGAGACUGUUUUCUCAUUGUGCUAAAUCCUGCAAUAGCAGUGAAAAGUAGAUUGCACUUUCCCCACCCCCAAAAACUAUUUCACUUUGACAGACUGUUAUUUGUCACAUCUGGGUGACAAGUACCUUAGAGGAAGAUCUAAAAUCCAAACAAAAAAAAGUCUUGAAAGAAAUUAGUAUCUCAGUAACACAUCUAUUAAUACACAGGUUUAUAAAAAGGCCUCAUCUUUUGAAUGUGAACCCUGGAUAUUGGAAUCUGAACUGUAUCUCAGAGACUUCUUUGACAGCUGGGAGGGGGAGAACAGCCUGCCCUUCCAAGUAAACAUUUCCAAGGUGUUUUCUGAAGAUCUCAUCAUGGAAGCCCAGCCAAGCCCAGCUUGCAAAUGGGCUGCACUGGGGCCUCCCACCAGCCUGGGGGGGAAGAGGGUUGUCAGCAAGCCCUUAGGAAAUCCUGGCCAGGGCAGGGUGCUGGUGGCAUCGGAUACAGGGUGCAAGCGCAGCCCCUGGGAAGGGGUGCUUGCACUGGGUGCUGGGUGGGAUGCGUGCUUCGGAUGAGGGGUGCUGGCAGAGCUGGGCUGUGCAGGAGGAGAUGCCCUGUCUGAAGGUGCUGUUAGCUCCUGGGAAGCAGUGUGUUGUGGUUUUGGGGCAGUGCCUUGGAUCUCAGCAGCGUUCGCUGCUGCCUUUCCAGGCCCUGAGAUGCACAAGGAGCUGGGUGCAAGCUGGGGGGCAGGGGCACGGUGCAGGCAGGAGUUUUUUGAGACUCUGCCUACGGUCCUCCUGCUGACAGGGCAGCUUAGGGGCUCGCUGUGAGACAUGGGGCUCGGGAAAUGGACCCCAAGUGAGGUAGACCUCCCUUUGCACCUCCUGAGUCCUUCCUGCGUGGGGAGGAUUUUCCGUUCCUGCGAUGGCUGCCCCCUUUGCUUUUACCAACACGGCUUCUUACUUUUUUUUUUUUUUUUUUUUUCUCCUCCAUCACUACAACUAGCAGAUGUGGAUUUGCUGCUUGUGUACUUUCCUCUUGUGCCCAGCCGUGACAUCCCCCCGGGUUGGGGCAGCGAUGUGGUCCCCAGGACUGACUGCAUGGGCUGGGCACAUCUCCCACCCUGAUGGGCCAGUGCAGUUGUGCCUCUUGUGCUGCGCUGGCCAAAGACUGGACUUUCCUGCUGUGUGUUGUUGCUGUGGGGUUUGCUUCAUUGUCCUCCAGCGGUUUUUCUUGUGAAUGGACUGCCAUGUUAAUGAAAUCCCUCCAGGUGUUUUUCGGUAAUAAACUGUGUUGGUCUCA